UUCCGCUCCAAGCGGAAGUCAGUUUCCUCAGAAGAGGCGCGUGCCUCGGUUGCGUCGGAGUGGGCCGGGCCCUCUCUAUGUCCCGGGAGGUCUUCGCCAGCCAACGCGCGGAAACAUGUUGUGGCGCUUGCUGUGGAGCCUCAGCCGAGGAGUGAGGCCUUUCGGAGGAGGAGCCGGUCUCUCCCGCCCGCGCCUCGUGGCCCCGGCCCAGGCCCCUGAAGGGGAGCCCGCCCGCCCCGAAAACAGGCAUCAAGAGCGCAAAGCUGGUGGAUAUGGGAACCUCUCACAUGUCUACAGUCCCUUGGAUGCCUUUACCUUGAGUACUCUGGCUGUUCUUACUCUGGAGUUAGUCAAGCAGGUCCGGCAGCUGAGUUCUGUGCAACCAGGCAGAAGAGAUGCCGGAGUUCGAAAGCUGGAGGGCCCAUUUGCUGUUCUGCCUCAGCAUCAGCACUCAGAAGCUCCCACAACACCACCUUCUUGCUCCAGUGGCCAAGAGGAACAAGAGGUUUUCAUAGGAGUGGGCUCUGGAUGUGAACUGAAGAAUCCACCUUCCAAUAAAAGAUCACAGCCUAAAGAAUAUCAGCUUCCUUCAAACACAGGGAGCUUCUUCUUUGCAUCUAGUACAGACCUUGAACCAGACUUAUGCCAAUUGCAUUUGCAGGGCAAUGUGGCAGAGGUGUCUGUUAAUGAAGCUGCUUCUCAAAUGGAACAGGUGAUUCAAACCAGCAUUUCCAUGGCAUUCAACAUUCUCGGGCUUCAGUACAUGCAAGAAGGGCAGCACAAAAUGGCUUUUUCCUGUUUCAAGCUGGCUGCGGACAAGAACUACAGCAAAGCCCAAUUCAACGUAGCAGUCUGCUAUGAACAUGGAAGAGGCACCAAGAAGGACAUUACCAAGGCAGUCCUCUACUAUCAACGGGCCGCUCUCCAAGGGCAUGCCUUGGCCCAGUAUCACUAUGCCAGAUGGCUUGUUUGCAAUUGCCCCUCUAGAGACAGCAAUGGAAAUAUAAAGAAACCAGUUGAUUUGCUGAGCCAGAUAGCCACACCAAGGCUAACCCAGAAUUCCUUGAGAAGGCAUCAUUUGGAUGUUCGCAAUGAGAAUGACCUUGGAAUCCACAGAAGACGUCAGCAGCAAGCAGAUAGUACAAGCUGCAAGGCUGCACAGAAGAGAAUGAAAGUAACAGUGCAGGAGGAGAUAGCAGGUAUGGAGAGAUGGCGUCCGUUGGUACAAGCAGUGGGAACUUUUUCAUCCAGUCCCUGUCUUCAGGACCUAGGCCAGCCAGUCUUUGAUGUACUUCGUUCCUGGAGCACAGGAAACCUCAGAGAUGGAGCAAGUGGCUACAUAAACUGUAUGCAUAGUCCUGUUUUCUCAGAUGGCCUCACCCUCAAACUGCCAUCCUUGGCUUGGUCCCCAGGAGCAAUAAUAAGCUAGCAUGGCCAAUGAAGAAACAUAAUCUUCAGAUAUCUAGAAGAUGAUGUCUACAUCUGGCUGGCACCAUAAUCCUUUUAGGAACAAAUCAUGUGGGCGUUACAUACGUGUAUUUCCCUUUGAUUAUAAAUAUAUUAUUUAUUUCUUAAUCAGUCUUUUAAAAAUUGCAAUGAAGGUGCUGAAUAAUGAAUAAUGCUGCCAAAUAAAACAGCACUGGAAUUCUAUCCUA